AUGCAUCAACAGCAAACCACCGAAACAACACCUCCACUGUCACCAAUUCGUGAGGUGGCUUUCGAUCCACAUAUUGGCCAAGAAGGCACAACUUUUUCUGCGGAAUUUGACAUUGCGCUCCCGACCGAUCGAGAAUUUCACCUAGAAUUGGCGUUUGGGCACCAAAAAGUGUUAUCACAACAAUUUGCAUCGCUCACUGAUACUAAGCAUCGUCUUACGACCAUUGUGCCACCGUUCGCGUGCACUAAAAGUAUCGUGAAUCGUGUACCGCUGUAUGUGUAUAUUUUGGAUGAGAAGGGUCAGAUUUAUGAUGUUUGGCAUUUCGGUAAUUUCUCGUAUCAAUUUCGAGAUCAAUUAACAAGUACUCAAAGAAAAGUCAAACAUACAAAAGUUCAUUAUGCUCAACAAGACAUUUUAGAUGAACCCAGCAUUACAUCAAAUUUUAAAUCAUCAUCUCGACGGCCCAGUUUGGUUCGUCCUUUAGUAUAUCAUCAUUCACCAAAAGGCUAUGUCAGCGUUGCUGCGGAAGAGUCGUCUUCAGAAUCCUCACCGGCUUUAACGCCUCCCACAAAGGUUCAACAAUUGCUCUCGUCAAAUUCUCCUCAUGAAAGCUUGGAUAUAGAAUCAUCUCAUGAAUAUCCAUUUUCCACUCAUUUUACCAAUCAAGAACACCUUACUCCCGAAGAACACGGUUCAAGAUUUGAGAUCCCAAUAGAAGUCACACCCGUAGUUGACCCAUCCUAUACAACCGCCUCACAAUGGCCACUUUUUCCCUAUAUGUCACUACAAAUGCCAUGGGCAUUACGACCAUCAACAACACUCAAAGAACCCCCGGUGGUCCCUUCAUCAACACCACUAGCCGCCUCUUCCGACAAUAUGAUGACGGCGUUACCCGACAAACAAUCCAUAGUAGAAAUGCUACGAAACACAAAAUUGGAAAUUCAAGGAGACCUCAACACAAUGGUACGAAACUGGACCGAAUACGAAACGACAAAUUGCCGACGGCUAGUUCAGUUCCGACGUCGUCAAGAAAACAAUCUUAUCCACGCGUCGUUCGCAGCAUUGAAUCAUGAAGAUCGUACACCGAAUGCGAUUAUUGUUUCAUGUAUUUGGUGGAAAUCCAAAAACGAGUAUUAUAUCACUUCUGUUGAUUGUGUUUCGCUUUUAGAAGCAUUGAUUGCUGUGCGGUUCACUGUCGAGGAGAAGAAUAGAAUUCGUCGGAAUUUGGAAGGGUUUAAGCCGUUGACUGCUGGGAAAAAUUCUAAGGACAGUGAUGAUUUAUUUCGAUUGAUCAUGGGAUUCUCGAAUCCGAAACCGAGAAAUAUCGAAAAGAAUGUCAAGGUGUUUCCGUGGAAGCAUUUGGCCAAUGCACUUCAUAAAAUUGUAAAUAAAUAUUGUGCAAGUAUGACAAGCGUAGAUACUGAUAAAACCAAAAAAUCUUCAAAUCAAGCUACAUCUCACGAUCUAUCCAUUUCCAUUACUCGUGGUGAUAAUGACAAGGAAAAAACUGAUAAUGGCGGCGAUGAAGAUAUUGAUAGUGAUAAUGUAUCCAAAACCAGCAGCAGUUGUACUGGCACUGACGAUGCGAUACACGUAACUAAUGACUUACCGUCGUCUUCGGCUAAUAAAUUAGAUGCUGUUAGUUCAAUCGCAUCAAAUCAAGAAACUGGAUUAUUGGUGUCUGUUAUUCGAGAGCAGCAACAACAAAACCAAGAAAUCGAUGAAAUGGACAUUCAAAUUCAAAAUAAUGCUGUGACGAAUGGAUUGAUUGAGAACUCUUUUGAAAUGAUCGCAACUGAACAAACACAACAAACCGAAAUCGCGCGUGACUUUUGCAAUUCUGUCACCACAACACCAACUAUUAACAAGGAGAUACCAUUUUUUUCACCGUCAACAUCUUCAUCCUCGUCAAUUAAAAGACCUCCGAAGCGAAGUGCAAAAAAAGCUGACAUCAAGAACUCGCGUCCAACAAGACGUCGCCGUCCUUCGUCCGUAUGCAACACAAAUACAUUAUCAUCAACUUCUUCCUCGGGUGAAUCCAUUUCUACAUUCGAUACUUGUAAUUAUGAUCCGGACUCAGGUUUUAAUGGAUCGCGAUUAAUCCAACAACAGCAAACUAAAAAUGCUGACGAUAUUACGCAUCAACAUAAUUGGAUGACUUCUGGAGAACAAGUUUCUUUUUUCUCUUGUGAUGUCAUUACCUCCAACAAUAGUAAUAGCAAUGAUAAUGCUACAAAUACAACUUAUCAUCAACAACAAAAUAUGCAAAUUCAAAAUCUACAUCACGAUAUGUCAACUGCAAGAACUAUAACCAUGACGACGACGAAAUCUUCACCUGAUUCAACAACCAGUUGUUCAUCUUUUCAUGAACAACAACAAAGAUUCUAUGAUCCAUAUCCGAGUCCAUUAUCGCAUCCUGGAGAAUCACCGACAACAAAAGAACCACCAUCAACGUCAUCACCUAGAAUUAUCGGAUUUUCUCCUGCUCAAAGGCAACAUCAUGAUCAAAAUAAUCAACAACAUCAACGGAUUCCAAUUGCUUCCACUAUUUCUGAGCAUUUAUCACCUCAAACGAUUGACCGGGAUGGAUUUUAUUACUUUAUGCCAAAUAGUUAA